UGGAAAUUAUCAAAAAUUUCGGUCAAAAAUGGGAGCCGAAGAAAAAACCAAUAGUGUUUCUGAGAGAGCAGAAGACGGGCUAUCUCCCCAUGCAUUCAUUUAUCUCGAUUUCGAAAUUUUUGACGAAAACUGACUUUUUUGAGGGGGUGGAGGGCCUGAAGGAAUCUUGCUGAAUGAUGGAGAAUCGAAUGUAGAAGGAACAACAUCCUUCCCAAAAUUGUAAUUAAAUGAUCCUGCAAUAUAUCCACUAGAAAAUGUUUAGGACAAUUUUUCAAAUAUAUUUUAUUAUUAUAUAUCUUAUUAUCGAUUUACCUGAAGGAAUCUUGCUGAAUGAUGGAGAAUCGAAUAAAUUAGGUUUGUAUGCUUCGAACCGGCCUGUGGAAGGACCAAAAUUGUAUUGACCUGAAGUUCGAAAGAGGAGAUGACUGCGAUGUGGACGAGGAAGAGAAAACAGACACGAAUGAUUUAGGUAAAUUGAUAAACAGAAAAUCUUAUCGAACGGCCGGAAUAGAUGUGUGACAGUUCAUCAUUUAAAUGCCUUAGUAUCUAUUUACCUGAAGGAAUCUUGCUGAAUGAUGGAGAACUGAAUAAAUUAGGUUUAUAUGAUUCGAAGCGGCCUGUAGAAGGGGGGCCAAAAUUGUUGAAACCUCCGAAGCUCGAUGACCCUAUCAACGAGAGAAAACAGCAGAUUCAAAUUUCUCAAAUAAAUCGUUUGAUAUCUUACAUUGACUUUGAACUAGCGGUGUUACCACACACAAUGACAACACAAGUAGAAUUGCAUACAUUUUUCAGACUAUAGUCGCAAUGGAAAAGCUCAAUCAGCUGUAGGAAAUCCGUGUGUUCUUGGUUUGGAAAAUGAUAAGAAUACGAGAUUAUAUGGAAUGUCAGCACCACGAAAAUUGAAUAACCCUACAUAAAAAAGAAAAAAACCGAAGAGAACAUCAUUUCAUGAAAUGAGUCAAUCGGGUAAAAAUUUAAUUCCUAUUGAUCAAAAUUUAAUUGAUUUAAUUUAGGAAGAACGACCAAAAUUACCACAGGAACCUAUUUGGGAAUACGAUGUUAAAUUUGCUGGUUCAACAACAGCCGAAAAAUUAUCAAAAGUUCGUGAAAAACUAAAAGAAUAUCAAGUUCAACAUUUAAUUGUUCAUCGGACAGAUGAUGUUGUGUGGUUAUUCAAUCUUCGUGGUGCUGACAUUCCAUAUAAUCCCGUAUUCUUAUCAUUUGCCCUUGUUGGACAUUAUUAUGUCUAG